AUGGAUUACGAAGUAGGUUACGGCGGCCAACAGCGACCGUACGGGGGCCGCGGGCCUGCCCCGCGACAGCAUGCCGGCGCGCCACCACAGCAAUAUGGUGCACCACAACAUUAUAACGAGAACCAAGGAGGCUAUGGGUAUGAUAACUACAACGGGGGCUCUGGGCAAGAAUAUGCAGCACAACACCAGGAUAAUGGUUAUGGAAGAGGGCCACCACCGCAGGACCCGUACGGACGUGGCGGACAUCCGAUGCCUGGCCCUCGUGGAGGUCCUAUUUCUCGUCCUCAGACAGCUGAUCCGCACCGCGGCCAACAGCGACGCCCACAACCGGACCGAGUCAUGCCAAAUGGGCAUCAUAUGCAAGGUGCUAUGCGCCCAGCACCGUUUGCUGCCAACUCGGACCCUGCAGCCCGGCGACACCAUAUGAACACACCUCCGAUGAGCCCUCGAGACGGUAAUUUUGGGCAUCAGUACCCGCCACAAGACCGUGGACGGAGGCCGGAUAUGAAUUAUGAACAGCAUAUGGCCGAAAAGAUGUCACGCAUGGAUAUGAACCAAAGGCCAGUGGUGACACCGAAUGGACGCAGCAGUAUCGAAACACCACGCAGCCAGGGCGAUUAUGGACGACGACCAGAAAAUGGAGGGCGUGGACAUCCCCCAAGAGGCCACCCUCAAGGGGACCCCUCACGACAGAAUCCGAACUAUGGCGCUCAAGGUGGUUACGGAAAUUUUGAUGAUAGAUAUCAAAGCCCCCAGGAACCGCCUGCGGGUGGGUUCGGUCCACCGUCACGAAGCCAAACAAUGCCAGUGGAUGAGAUGAGAACAAGAAAUAUGCCGCCGCCUCAACGGAUUGAUACCAUGCAAUCUAGUACUCCCGCUGGCCGGGGGAUACCUCAACGACCUUCGACUGCUGGCGGACACCGGCUACCCCCUCAAAGGUCAUACACAGCUGGUGCGCAAGGUGGCCCGGUUGGUCAUUACAAUGGUGAAUAUGAUGAUCGAAGUGCAUAUCAAAAGCCGCAAACAGCUUCAUACGAUGAAGUAUACGAUGCCUAUUUCGAUAAUUCACGAAACAGCAAUCAAGAUUAUGGACCACAGUCCCAGCAGAAUCGAACAAGUUUGCCCGACUUUGCCGCGGCGCCAGCUCCGGGACAGCGCGAUUCUUUCGAACAGUCGAUGCGUCCAAGCAAUGAACAGCCACAGCGCGUAGCCCACCAAACGGCUGUACUCAACCAUGCCAAGUCGCAACCGAUGCUUCGUCAACCUCAAGCAGCCGUGUUCGAGAUGGCCGGCGAUGUGCCUGAUGUUCCUGCGGUCCCUCCAGUUCCUUCACUUCCACCAACCAGCAAUUACCAGGCUGGUUAUGAGCAAAACUACAACCAGAUGCCCCAUAGACAGCCGAGUGCGCCAGCAACGAUGACAAUGAAUGGCUCGCGUGCUGGAGGACCGGUGAGCCCGGAUGGUCUUCCUUCACACCCUGCACCAAUCCGCCCAGGUCUGAUGCAAGAUUCGAUGAUUCAAAUGGGUAAUAAGCCAGCUCCCGUCAGAAACUAUGGCGCCUCUACACCAGCACCAGCACCAGCACCACAAUCCCAAGCCCAAUAUCGGCCACAGCCCGAGCCACAACAGCAACCUCAGUAUCAACAGCAACCUCAACCGCAACGGUCACCGCCUCGCAAUGUUCCACAGCAGCCUGCCGUAGGUGAAGGCCCUGUUACGACUCAACAACUGGAACAUCUGAGAAUGCUUAUCAAAACCAACUCGAGUGAUCAGGCGUCUGCAUUGAAACUAGCCAAGAAAUUGAUCGAAGCUGCCGAAGUCUUGGCCCCCAGAAUGCCAGACCCCAAGCAGCGUACAAGGGCACGCGAACGUUAUCUGAUUGACUGCCAUAAGAUUCUCAAGAAACUUGCAAACGCUCAGAACCCAGAUGCUAUGUUCCUGCUGGCAGAUUGUCUCGGAAGAGGUCUUUUUGGCGAAGGCGAUUACAAGGAGGCUUUCACUCAAUAUCAGUCUGCAGCAAAGCUCGGGCAUCCUGCGGCAGCUUACCGAACUGCGGUUUGCUGUGAAAUUGGUCAUGAAGAUGGAGGCGGCACACGUAAGGACCCGAUGAAGGCAAUUCAGUGGUACAAGCGCGCCGCAACUCUGGGUGAUCCUCCUGCGAUGUACAAAGUUGGAAUGAUUUUGUUGAAGGGUCUUCUUGGCCAGCCUAGAAACCCCAGAGAAGCAGUAGGGUGGUUGAAGCGAGCGGCAGAACGAGCAGAUGCGGACAAUCCGCAUGCGCUUCACGAAAUGGGCUUGUUAUACGAAUCAGCACAACCGAACGAUGCUAUCAUCCGAGAUGAAGCAUAUGCCUACAGUCUGUUCCUUCAAGCUGCUGAUCUAGGAUACAAGUUCUCACAGUAUCGACUUGGGUGUGCCUUCGAGUAUGGAUUGUUGGGCUGCCCAAUCGAUCCUCGUCAGUCCAUCCAGUGGUACUCGAGAGCAGCAACGCAGGAAGAGCACCAAGCUGAGCUUGCGCUUAGCGGUUGGUACUUGACGGGCAGCGAAGGCGUGCUAGGACAGAGUGACACUGAAGCAUACCUUUGGGCGCGCAAAGCAGCCGUUGCAGGCCUUGCUAAGGCUGAAUAUGCCAUGGGUUACUUCACGGAGGUUGGUAUCGGCGUUCCAGCCAACCUUGAGGACGCGAAGCGUUGGUAUUGGCGAGCAGCUGCUCAGGACUUCCCUAAGGCUCGAGAACGUUUAGAGGACCUCAAACGCGGCGCGGGCAAGAACGGGCGCCAGCGUGAGCGCAUCUCACGUAGCAAGAUGGAGACGAAGCAAGAGGGCGACUGUGUCCUCAUGUAA